CAGAGGGAGGGGGAGAAGAGAGCUGAGGAGCCAGGAGAAGUUGGUGGGGCUGUGUGUGUCUGUGUGAGGUGCACACCCGCAUAAUGUAUGAUGCUGCAGUCGGCAGAAUGUAAAGCCUCCUUCCACGGAAUGAUUGAGGCUCAGGCAUUGUUCUCUCUCUCUCUCCUCUCUCCCUCUCUCCCUCCCUUCCCUCCUCUCUCUCUAUCUCUGUCUAUUCCUCCCUCCUUUCUUUCUCCUCUCUCCCUCCCUUCCUCUCUCUCUCUUCUUUCCCUCAUUCUCUGCCUUCUCCCCUUCCCCCUCCUCCCUUUCUCUCCUCCCCUCUCCCCCCUCCCCUCCCAACCAGGAAGGAGGAAAAUGCAUUGAGUCUUCACUGGUGCUGUGGGACUGUACAUCAGGUUGAACAGAAGUGGAUAAGCACCUGCCUCUGGGUGAGAUGAUCUGCUGCCUGCUCCUGGUCAUCUUAGGGUUUAUGCCAUGGGGAGCUUCGCAUUUGUCUACAUGCCAAUCACCCUGAUGGGGAACAAGUGUUGAGGUAUGUGGGUAUGUAGGGCUGAGUAUAGUGUGUGGUGUAGUAUGUGUGUAUCUGUUAGAUAUGUUGGAUAUUAUAUACUGUGUGUGUAUUAGAUGUGUUGUAUAUUAUAAGGUGUAUGUUUGUGUCUGUUGAGUGUGUUGUAUCUUGUGUUCUAUGUAUAUGUAGUGUAGAGUUUGCACCGUGUGUCACAUGUGGCAUGUAUGUGUAUGUGCAUUCCAAGCUGAACGCUCAUUUUGCUCCUGGGUUGGUGGCUGCCCUCUCUGGAUCCCAGCCCAGCUCCUUCAUAGUCAUCCCGGGGAGCUGGUACUCCAUUGUUCUCAGAACUCACACCCACUUCCUGCACUUGGCUCAUCUGAGUCUCUAUGCCCUCAGCCUCAGACACUUGCAUUCCUGCAGGCAAAUAGAAGACCCAGAGUCCGUGAGGCUCAAGGGCUGGUACUGCUGCUCUGGGCUUCAGGCUCGGCAGCCGAGCUCUCCCACACUCAGUCAUAGGCUGGGAACACAUGGUGCAUUUUGGAACGUUAUAGGACUGCAGCAGCAGCUGUAUCCCCAGAUAACUCUCCACAUGGUGGCAGAACCAUCCAUCUCCCUAUGCUGAUGGCUGCUGUAUUUCCACUUCCAGCCCUGACUCUAGAACCUUCCCCAAUGCCUCCCCAUUCUGCACCUCACUGAGGGUCCACAGGGCCUUAACCAUGGUCUCUCAAACAUGCAUCCACCUGACCCACAUCGACUCCUUUCUUGGUCUUUCCAUCUGAGCCCUAUCCCAGCAUCUCCUCACUCCCUAUAAUCUGUCCUGAUGCUAUCUAAUGCCUCAUCCCAGCACCUCCUCGCUCCCUAUAGACUGCCCUGAUGCUGUCUAAUGCCCUGUCAUGCCAUCUCCUGAGAGAGACCCUGAUUUGUCCUUAUCCCCUCCCCAGCUCCUGCCUGGCUGAGCCCUGAUCCGUCUCACCUGACUGUCAACCUGGCCCCCUCACCUCUACCUGUGCCUCUACUGACUUCCCUGGGAUCUGUGGGUCCCCUGAAGCCCUUUUAAGGCUGCAUAUUAGAGCAUGUUGCUCCUUUGCUUAGAACCAUUGGCGACUCCUGUGGCAAAAGACCCCUGGGCCUGUGAGACUCCCAGAGCUGUAACUGGGCUUUUCCCUGCUUACUCACUCAGCAGUGGUCACACAGUAUCUCUCCUGGAGCCAUAAUAUAAUGUGUCCAACACCCUUCCCUGGAAAGAAGCUGCUGUCACCACCCACUAGACUGACGGGGAAACUGAGACUUAGAUUUCCACAAUAGUAGUUUUAAAGGGGGCUGGAAAAAAUGGCUCAGCAGUUAAGAGCACCGGCUGUUCUUCCAGAGGACCCAGGUUCAAUUCCUAGUACCCAUACAACAGCUUACAACUGCCUGUAACUCCAGUCCAGGGGAUCUGAUGCCCUCCUAUAGCUUCUAGAGGUAUUAGGUACAUGGCCAUACAUUCAGGCAAAACACCAUGCACAUAGAAAAAUAAAAAGGAAAAAAUUAAAUAAUAUUAAAGAACAGACACAGAUCGCUUAUCAAGGUGAAGGCCAGGGACAUUUUAGGCUUCACUGUUUCUAUGCUCCUAACAACCCUGAGAAGCAGGUGUCCAUCCUUCCUGUGCGUGGGUGGGUGUGCUGAGGCUCAGGGAUGCUGUAGACUCAGGCUCAGCAGCUGAGCCCUCGGUUUUCUCGGUAGAGAGCUUGGCAGCAUAUAAGGUCCCCUCCACCUUCCACAGUGGGCUGUUUCCUGCAUCCACACAGGAGAGGAAGCUUCAUGGUGGCACCACUCACUGUUAUUGCUGGGAAUGGCAGAAUACCAUGCACACUCCAUGACCUGCCCCAGUGCAGUAUCCAUGCUACACAGCACCAGGUCUCUGAAUGCAGUGUCCUGGGCAGGUAUCUAUAGGAUCCAGAGCCAGUAUGUAGUCCAGCCCAACCCAUGGCUGCCUCUCAGAGCUGCCUCUUCCUACCCCUCCAGGCCUGCCGGGCAUCACAGGAAACACCGGCAAGAUGGAUGGCCCCAGCAAUGUCUCACUGGUUCAUGGUGAUACCACUCUGGGCCUGCCAGAGUACAAGGUGGUCUCAGUCUUCCUAGUGCUCCUGGUGUGCACCACAGGCAUUGUAGGCAAUGCCAUGGUGGUCCUGGUGGUCCUGACCUCACGAGACAUGCACACGCCCACCAACUGCUACCUGGUCAGCUUAGCUCUAGCUGACUUAAUUGUGCUGGUGGCCGCGGGGCUGCCCAAUGUCUCUGACAGCUUGGUGGGGCGCUGGAUCUACGGACAUGCUGGCUGCUUGGGUAUCACCUACUUCCAGUAUCUAGGCAUCAAUGUCUCCUCCUGCUCCAUCCUGGCAUUUACUGUGGAGAGGUACAUCGCCAUUUGCCACCCAAUGAAAGCACAGACUGUGUGCACUGUGGCCCGGGCUAAACGGAUCAUCGCAGGCAUUUGGGGGGUCACAUCCCUCUAUUGCCUACUCUGGUUCUUCUUGGUGGAUCUCAAUGUCCAUGACAAUCAGCGCCUGGAAUGUGGCUACAAGGUGUCCCGAGGCCUCUACCUGCCCAUCUACCUGCUGGACUUCACCAUCUUCUUCAUCGCACCCUUGCUGGUGACCAUGGUGCUCUAUGGGUUCAUUGGAAGGAUUUUAUUUCAGAGCCCAUUGUCUCAGGAGGCCUGGCAAAAGGCGAGACAACCCAAUGGGCAGGGCGAGGGUGCACCAGGCAGCUGCUCUAGGUCCAAGGGCUCCAUGUCCUCCAGGAAGCAGGCCACCAGGAUGCUGGCAGUGGUAGUGUUGCUUUUUGCAGUGCUGUGGACCCCCUACCGCACACUGGUGUUACUCAACUCUUUCCUGGCCCAGCCUUUCCUGGACCCCUGGGUCCUGCUGUUCUGCCGCACCUGUGUCUACACCAACAGUGCCAUCAACCCUGUCAUCUACAGCCUUAUGUCCCAGAAGUUCCGGGCAGCCUUCCUAAAGUUGUGCUGGUGCGAGGCAGCCAGGCCACAGGGGCGUGCAGCAUGCACCACCGCCAGCAGCCACAGUGCUGUCCAGGAGACCCCAGUGGGAACUGAGAAGCUGCAGCUGGGCUCCAGUGAGGCCUCAGGUCCCACAGCAGCCGGGUCCCUGCAUUGCCAGCAAGAGCCCCACUUCAGUGUGCUCUGAGGAGCCCUGCCUGGCCCCUGACUCCACUCCCUGUGUUGACUUGCUAGCUGGUCUGGUUGAUAUCUGCUCUGAGCGCUGGUGGAUUGCCAGGAGAGGGACAGACAGCUUAUUGCUUAUGGGUCACCAGAGGUCCCUUUACCAUGAAGGAAGACACUGGAAUGGUCUCAGCUGGAUCCUGUGUGGGUAGUUCUCUACUCUGAAGUGAUCCCAGUGGGAACAGAGAGGAAAGUGGAGGCCCAGUCUUCACCCCCCUGUAUGAUCAAAACCUUUCGUUUAUUUCCACUCAUUACUUUAAGCAUCUUUUGGGGGGUUCUUAUUGAAGUACUGUGCUUCCAGGUUUUGAUCACAUCUGUCCCUUGUCACUGAACCCAUGCGCACAGGUUUCAAAUGUGGUCAUUGGACAGUGGGGGUUACAUAGAAUGGGCGUCCAGCCAGUCACACUGGCACCCAGGGCUGCUCCAUGACGUUCACCACUGGCCCCAGCACCCCUUCCAGUCUUCCAUUACGGUGGGCAGCCCUGUAAGAGAGUGCACCAAGCAAGCUCACCCACCACAGAUGGUCUUGAAGGAGACCAUUUGUCUUCCCAACCAGCACCAAGAAGCUGCCUCUACCUCCUUGGCCCCAAAUGUGCAAGCCCGGCCCUCCGGACCCACUGUGCCAGUGGCUGUCCUGCAUGCUGUCUUUGCUUGGAGGCAUGCUGCAGACUCAAGAGAUGUCAGGAAAAGCUGCUUCUGGGAGCCAGCCCCAUCACUGCCUGCAGGACUGCUGGCUGAGUCUGAGGACAGUCGGCCUCCGUGUCCCAUACUGUAAAUGGGGUCAGUGACCCUACCUUGGUCCUGGGACCUCAAAACUGAGGGACACUGUAGCAAACAUGUUUCAACGAGCAGGAGUGGGCCACUCAGGGACUGGAGACCUCAGGAAGGCAGGAAUUGG